UUGGCCGUGCUAUUGAUGCCCUCCAAACCCCCACCAGCCCCCCCUUCUCCUUCCCUCUUCUUUCUUUAUCCCUUGCACCCAUCCUUUCUUUUCUGCCUUGCCCCCUGGUUCCUUAUCCUCCUCUUCAGACCCUUCCCCUCUUGCAGUCCUGAAGGAAGACUUCUCUACUUGCAAGUGGUCCGACUCCAGUCUCACAGUCCACACAGACCUCCUUUGGAUCCCUGUACAGAUGCUCAUCCUGCCGUAAGGGAAUUAAGGAUAUUUUCUUUCCUCUUUCUCCUCCUGCACCCAUCCUCAACCAUGCGUCGUCCACCCAACCCUCUCUUCCUCCUCCUCCUCCUCCUCCUCUUGCCCUGCCUAGAGGCAGCAAAGAAGAAAGGCAAGCCGAAGGGUGACGGCGAGAGCCUGCCUUCUGGGGAACUGAGCACCAAGGAGGGUCACCGCUGCACCUGGGAGGUGCAAGAAGGCCGCAACAACAACAUCCAGCUCCAGCUCAGCUGCAUCAUCCCUGGUGAGAAGGAAGAGGGCGAGUGGUCCAAGCCCUCGUACACCUGCCAGCUCUCGGGCAAACCUCAGGAGUGCCCUGCCUUCGUGGCCAAGCCAGCGCAGUACUGGAAGCAAGUGGUGGGGAAGCUGAAGAAGCGCUCCAACGCCUGCGAGGGCGAGAAGGUGCUUAAGACUCGCCUGUGCAAGAAGGCGCCGGCCGCCGCCCACAUGAAGAUGGUCGAGCGGAAGGGAGACGGCCAGAAUGAAGGGGGGAAGAAGAAAGGGGCAGGAAACAAGGAGGGGGAGAAGGAGAAGCAGCCCAGGGAGGAGACGAGGGAGGAGGAGCCAAUGCUGGGAGACAGCGACAGCUAUGGUAUGGCGGCGGACGCGGACGUAGCUGAAAGCUACUGCGGAGAGGGCUGGAAUUCCGUUUGUCGCUUCUUCUCCAAGCUUCUAGAUGGCUGAAGACCUUUCAGGAAUUGUCGCUGUCUUAAGAAAACAACGUAACUUUUUAUUUGUUUUUUAUUUAUUUUGUUUUUUUAUGUAUUAAUUACAAAUGUCCUGCAAACAUUUUGUGGACAAUGAAAAGACUAACAGAAACUUUAGAUUCGAGUUACACUGAAGGACCCUUAUCCUACACUUUUCUUUCUUUAAUGUCCUGUCUACAAUUUGUUUAUAAUGUUUCUUGAGCACCAAAAGCAGUCAAAAAUUACGCUCCUAAAUUUCUAAUCUGUGUUUUUCCAUUAGUCAGUGCAUUUUUGACUGAAUUUACUGCACCUGUACUGUACUGUGACUAUUCACUAUUCAUUUGAAACAUCUGGUCGUUUGGCAUUUAUGCAGAGGAGUAAAAACAGCAAAGUUUACUAACCUUUUUUGCAGGAUUUGGGCCCUUUAAUGUUAAGAAUAGUUGUUCUCUUCUCCUGUGUUUUCUUAGGACAGCGACGAAAUCAGCAAUAAAAUCAUCAAAAGAGUGAAGAAGAGGUAGAAUAAUUUGGAAUGGACGAAGAGAAAAAAAAAACAGACAAAUAAAUUAGAGAUAACGAUAUCGAGUACUAUCAAGGAUGUCAGUUCCUGUAAUCUAAUUCGUCCUGUGUAAAGUUCUUAACUCAUUUUCCAGGUAAUUAGCCUAAUGUUGCAGUUGAUGAAGCACAGAAUGAAAGAUGUUCAGAAGGUAGUAAAUAAAUAGUAGAGACACUGUAAAAAAUUCUUACAAACUUACAAAAGUUUGAAUAAUUUUUUUUUUUAUUAAAGUUGACUGAGCAGAAGCUCUUAAUAAUGUCUGAGCAACAAAAAUCGUUUUACGACAAGUCAGCAAGAAAAAAUUUGUGGAAAUGUGGUACCUAGUUUUUUUGUUGUUAUUUGUUUGUUUUGCAAAAUCAAGAGAUUUUUACAGUGUUUGACCAAGUAACUAGGUUUGUCUAAUGCUUUGUACAUCUUUUAUAGACCUGAAUAAACUUACUAUUUGUAUUUA